CGCGGAGCGCCCGCGAGCGAGCCGGCGAGCGGGCGGUGGGUGUGGCGGCGUGGGCGCUGGCCUCGCAGCUCGCGCUCCGCCGAGCAGACUCGCUCUUGCCGGGUCUUCGCUGUUCCAGGAGGGCUUUAGCGUUCUUCGCUCAGUGCAAGUAAAAAUUUACCUACCAUGUCAUCAGAAUCUGUGGAAAUCGAUGAUGGAUUAUACAGUCGACAGAGAUACGUUCUUGGUGACACAGCAAUGCAGAAGAUGGCCAAGUCUCAUGUCUUCUUAAGUGGUAUGGGUGGGCUUGGAGUGGAAAUUGCAAAGAAUCUUGUUCUUGCAGGGAUUAAGGCGCUGACCAUUCAUGACACAAAAAAAUGCCAAACAUGGGAUCUAGGGACCAAUUUCUUUUUAUGUGAAGAAGAUGUUAUUAAUGAGAAAAACAGGGCUGAAGCUGUACUUCAUCGUAUUGCAGAACUAAAUCCAUAUGUUCAUGUCUCAUCAUCCUCUUCCCCUUUCAAUGAAACCACAGACCUCUCCUUCUUAGAAAAAUACCAGUGUAUAGUAGUGACAGAAAUGAAAUUGACAUUACAAAAGAAGAUCAAUGACUUUUGCCAUUCUCACUGCCCUCCAAUUAAGUUUAUAAGUGCAGAUGUACAUGGAAUUUGGUCCAGGUUGUUUUGUGAUUUUGGUGAUGAAUUUGAAGUUUCAGAUACAACAGGAGAAGAACCAAAAGAAAUUUUCAUUUCAAACAUAACGCAAGCUAAUCCAGGCAUUGUCACUUGCCUUGAAAAUCAUCCUCACAAGCUUGAGACAGGACAAUACGUAACAUUUCGAGAAAUUAAUGGAAUGACAGGCCUGAAUGGAUCUGUACAACAGAUAACUGUGGUGUCACCAUUUUCUUUCAGCAUUGGUGAUACUACAGGACUGGAUCCAUAUUUACAUGGAGGCAUAGCUGUACAAAUUAAGACUCCUAAAACUUUUUGCUUUGAACCCCUGGAAAGGCAGAUAAAACAUCCAAAGUACCUUAUUGCAGAUUUUAGCAAACCUGAGGCACCUUUACAGAUUCAUGCAGCUAUGCUUUCCUUGGAUCAGUUUCAGGAAAACCACAAUCGUAAGCCAAAUAUCAGAUGUCAGCAAGAUUCAGAUGAGUUGUUGAAACUAACAAUAUCUAUAAGUGAAACCUUGGAAGAGAAGCCUGAAGUGAAUGCUGACAUUGUGCACCUGCUCUCAUGGACUGCUCAAGGCUUUUUAACCCCCCUUGCUGCAGCAGUGGGAGGUGUUGCCAGCCAAGAAGUAUUAAAAGCUGUUACAGGGAAGUUUUCUCCUUUGUGCCAAUGGUUGUAUCUUGAAGCAGCAGAUACUGUCAGAUCCCUAGGCAAUCCUGGGCAUGAAGAGUUUCUCCCAAGGGGAGAUAGAUAUGAUGCCUUACGAGCCUGCAUUGGAAAUACAUUGUGUCAGAAGCUACACAAUCUGAAUAUCUUCUUAGUAGGAUGUGGUGCCAUAGGCUGUGAAAUGUUAAAAAAUUUUGCAUUACUGGGUGUUGGUACAAACAGAGAGAAAGGAAUGGUUACAGUUACAGAUCCUGACUUGAUAGAAAAAUCCAACCUAAACAGACAGUUUCUUUUUCGUCCUCAUCACAUACAGAAACCUAAAAGCUAUACUGCUGCUGAAGCAACUCUGAAAAUAAAUCCUCAAUUAAAAAUAGAUGCACACCUGAACAAAGUUUGUCCAGCCACUGAGAGUAUAUACAGUGAUGAGUUUUAUACUAAGCAAGAUAUCAUUAUUACAGCACUAGAUAAUGUGGAAGCCAGGAGAUAUGUAGACAGUCGUUGCUUAUCAAAUCUACGGCCUCUCUUAGAUUCUGGAACAAUGGGCACAAAAGGGCACACUGAAAUUAUUGUGCCUCAAUUGACUGAAUCUUAUAAUAGUCACCGGGACCCCCCAGAAGAGGAAAUACCAUUUUGCACUCUAAAGUCGUUUCCAGCAGCUAUCGAACAUACUAUCCAAUGGGCAAGAGACAAGUUUGAAAGUUCCUUCUCUCACAAGCCUUCAUUGUUUAACAAAUUUUGGCAAGCCCAUCCUUCUGCUGAAGAUGUCUUACAGAAGAUACAAAAUGGACAGAGUCUAGAAGGCUGUUUUCAAGUUAUUAAGCUACUUAACAGAAGACCUAGAAAUUGGUUCCAGUGUAUAGAAUUAGCAAGACUAAAGUUUGAAAAAUAUUUCAACCAUAAGGCUCUUCAACUUCUUCACUGUUUUCCUCUUGACACACGAUUAAAAGAUGGCAGUUUGUUUUGGCAGUCACCAAAAAGGCCACCUUCUCCAAUAAAAUUUGAUUUAAAUGAACCUUUGCACCUCAGUUUUCUUCAGAGUGCUGCAAAACUAUAUGCUACAAUAUAUUGCAUUCCAUUUUCAGAAAAGGACUUAUCAGUGGAUACCCUCAUGGACAUUCUUUCAGAAGUUAAAAUUGAGGAAUUCAAGCCUUCCAACAAGGUUGUUCAAACAGAUGAAACUGCAAGGAAACCAAACCAUGUUCCUAUCUCCAGUGAAGACGAGAGGAAUGCUGUUUUCCAGCUGGAGAAGGCUAUUUCAUCUAACAAAGCUACCAAAAGUAACCUUCAGAUGGCAGUGCUUACAUUUGAAAAAGAUGAUGACAGUAAUGGACAUAUAGAUUUCAUCACAGCUGCUUCCAACCUUCGAGCCAAAAUGUAUAGCAUUGAACCAGCUGACCGUUUUAAAACUAAACGCAUAGCUGGUAAAAUUAUACCUGCUAUAGCAACAUCGACCGCUGCAGUUUCUGGCUUGGUUGCCUUGGAGAUGAUCAAGGUAGCUGGUGGCUAUCCCUUUGAAGCGUACAAAAACUGUUUCCUUAAUUUAGCCAUUCCAAUAAUAGUGUUUACAGAGACUUCUGAAGUACGAAGAAGUGAAAUCAGAAAUGGAAUAUCAUUUACAAUUUGGGACAGAUGGACUGUACAUGGAAAAGAAGAUUUCACCCUGUCAGAUUUCAUAAAUGCUGUCAAAGAGAAGUAUGGAAUUGAGCCAGCAAUGGUGGUGCAGGGAGUCAAGAUGCUUUAUGUUCCUGUAAUGCCGGGUCAUGCAAAAAGGUUAAAGUUGACAAUGCACAAACUUGUGAAACCUUCUACUGAGAAGAAGUAUGUGGAUCUCACUGUGUCAUUUGCCCCAGACACUGAUGGAGAUGAAGAUUUGCCAGGACCUCCAGUAAGAUACUACUUCAGUCACACUGAUGAAGAAACGUUGUCAUAGAGAUACUCGGGACUACUUUAUUUUGGAAAGUGUACUUAAUUCAGAAGCUAAAAUUAAAUCAGCUCAUAAUACUGUGGAUUUCUUUUUGCCUUAACUUAAGGAAAACAUCAGUAGGAAGCUUAACUACACUGAAGAAUUACAAAACAUUUUGGAGCAUAGUUCACAUCUCUUCGUUGCUUCAUACGGUUAUUAUCACAGCAACUUUGAACUGGAAUACCAUGUCUUAAUGCUUACAAGUUUGUAUAUUAAGCCCCGUGGAUGAAAGAAGGAACAAAGAAAGCAUUUAUCUAUGACCAGAAGAAAUAAAGAUGAAGAAAUUGAAAAUAGUGAAUCCUGGCUAUUCAAAAAGCUAAAUCCUGUUUUCAGGCUUUCUUUUUUUUUUUUUUUUUUAUUUGAGACCCAUUUUUCAAUAUAAAUAGUGUGACACUAUACCUCUUUCAUAAUUAGGCUUUGAAAAUUUCCUGAGAGGAGGGGGGUUAAUAGUGAUCGAUGAAGAAUAGAGAUUUAAAUUUGUGUAGUUAAGUUAGUGUCUUGUUACUUGUGCUAACAGAGUUUGUUAUAUUACUUCCUCCCAUAAAUCAGGAUUUUUGCUGAUAUGAUCAGUGUUGUAAACCAUGAUGACGUGUUAACUUGAGCUCAAUGUUAACAGUAUUAUAUGCACUCUGACAACUCUCAUAGAAAAUCCAUGAAUGUGAGCAUAUAGAUAUGGCUAAUCAUUUGAUUCUUAAUACGCCUUUAUUUUAUUUAUCUGGAGCUCAAAGCCAGACAUAGUAUAUAAGGCUGAAAUGUUAUAUAAAAGACAAUAUCCUUAGAAAUAGGGGAAAAUACGAGUACGGUUGUCUUUUUCUUUCCAAUGUAAUAGAGAAAAAAAUAAUAGUAUGUUUUUUAAAGAAAACAUGUCAUUUUACUCUUCAUUCCCAAAAUGGGAAUUGGCAGAGAGAAAGAAUAUAUUUUUUUAGGUUUUUUUUUUUUUUUUUUUUCCAUUGAGAGAAAUGUUCUGUUUCCUGAUAUGAACAAUUGCAAGUAAUCAUAUAAUUGGGUCCAUCAACAGAGAUAAACAAUACGUUACUGUCAGUAAAUGACUUUUUUUUACAAGGGUAAUCAUGUGUUCUCAACAGCAAGUUCUUACAACCUCCCAAAGUCACUUACCUGGAGCUCCUACUCAUUUUCAGACCAUUUGUAGCUACUUUGAUGAAUUAAAAUUUAGAUUAAAUCAACAUUACUCCAACAGUAUAGUUACUUUCCAUUUACAAAUACUUAAAUACUUUUAAAUGUCUAUGUUAACCAAUUUUUUGUUUCCUCCUUUUAUAAAGUCUCCAAUUGGGAAAUGGGUGAGUUAUUGUAAUAAAAUGUUCUCUUCAUUGAGAGAUGGAGAAUAGUGAGCAGGAUUUGUUGGUAAAGAAAUGGCUACAUAGAAAAAUAAACUUUUUUUUUGUCAUAUCCUACCCUUCCUUUCCUAUUAUGUAUAUUCCUAGUAUAAUGGUAAAAAUUAAUGUUACAUAAAAUUGAAUCCAGGAACAUCAAAGACUUUGUGGCUUAGAACUUAAUGAGGGCAGGAAUAAUAGAAUGUUUCUGUUUUUUGUUUGUUUGUUUGUUUUGAUAAAAAGCCUCUUUCAAUUUUUACUUUGUCUCCUAUUCUUUGGUAAUAAUGUUAUUCUCUUGGCAACCAUUCAGCAGUCCUCAAACAUGAACAGAUAGUUUGGCACUGUUUUAUUCAAGUGUUCACAUACCUUUAGAGGUAAAUGAGAACCAUGCUUUGUAGACUGCCAUAGUAAACAAAUAAAUUAAUAAAUCAAAUCAACCAGGAUAAGGUAAAGUUCAUUUUGCAAUUAAACCUACAACCAUUUUUUCAUUUGUUUUUUUGGUUUUUGUUUCACUCUUCUGUAGGUAAUGAUUAUUACUGUCCUAAUUUUUACUAAACUGGAAAGCCAUAGUGAACUUGAUGACAACUGUUUUUCUUGUUUUGUUUAUUUUGUACUUUAAGAUUAUUAAUGAAAUGUAACUAUUGAAUACUGGGGAAAAAAUAGUGUUACUCCAUUCAGUGAUUCCUUUUUUUUUUUUUUAAUUCUACAAAUAAGUGUAAAAUAUUUUAGGUUAUUGCCAUAAUUCAUGUUCUGUGGUUCUUUACACUCUUUUUUAAUUUUUAUUUUUUAUAUUAAUUACGUUUUAUCAUUUUGUGUCCCAGAUGUAGCCUUCUCCCUCACCUCUUCCCAUGCCCCUCUCCAAGUCCACUGAUAGGGGAAGUCCUCCUCCCCUUCGAGCAGACCCUAGCCUAUCAGAUCUCAUAAGGACUGGUUGCAUUGUCUUCCUCUGGUAAAGCUGCUCUCCCUCCACCCCACCCCCCUUUGGGUUGGUAAGCAAAGAGCUUGCCACUGAGUUCAUAUCAGAGACAGUCCCUAUUCCCCUUACACGAGAACCCACUUGGAGACUGAGCUGCCAUGGGCUACAUCUGUGCAGGGGUCUAGGUUAUCUCUAUGCAUGCUCCUUGGUUGGAGUAUCAGACUCAGAAAAAAACCCUCAGCCCAGAAUAGGCUGGGAAUCGUGGCGCAAACCUGUAAUCCCAGCACUCACAGAGGCAGAGACAGGCAGAUCUCUGAGUUCAAGGCCAGCCUGGUCUACAAACUGAGCACAGGAAGGCCCUAUCUCUUAUUCUGUGGUUAGUACUGCUUCUGUUACAUUCUCUGCAAGCAGACUGGUUUCGGGCAUAUAAGCCAAAAGAGAACUGUGUGCUUUACAAGCUAAAAGCUGUAACUUUAAUAUCCAGGAGCACAAAUAAAUGAGAAAAAGAGGUACUCCGUGAAAAACUUAGUUUGGGGUUUCUAAAGUCCAUCCUUAUAGACUUGAAACUGUUGUGUUAUGUGUCUUAAGUUCUUUAUUCGUUGUUCCAAACGUACAACAUGGAAUCAGUAUGUAUUAUUUUUAUACUUUAUCUUUCAUGACACAUUGUUGGGACAGCAUCAAAGUACAAAAAUAUAGCUAUAGCUGGGCUUACAAGUCUAGAGUAGAGUACUUAUCUCGCGCACACAAGGCUUUGGGUUUGAGUCAACUCAAAAACAAAAUCAGAGUUUAGAUCUUGGGAGUCAGAUGAAAUAACAACAAGCAAUUUGUAUUUGCUUUACUCUUACUGUAUCAUGAAAUCUUGUUUGUUUGGUUUUUGUGUUUGCAUGUGUGAACAUGAUUUGUUUUACCUGCAUGUAUGUCUAUGCACCACAUGUCUGCAGUGCUCAUGAAGCCAGAACAGGGUGUUGGAUACCCUGAGACAGGAGUUACACAGAGUUGUAAUCUGUCAUGUGAGAGCUGGGGAAUAAACCCAGGUUCUUUCAAAAGGCAGUCUGUUAUCUUAACCACUGAGCCAUCACUCCAGUCUCAAAAGCUUCCUUUUUGUAACUGAAAAAGGCCUGUUUUAAGUAUGUAAAAUGUGAGUAUGCAAUUUAUGGAAUAAUUUUAAAAUAAUUGCUCACCUAUUCAAUAUUAAAAUAGAACCUUGGUAUCAGAAACCUUCCUAAUUCUUCCCCAGUCACAAACAUCUUACACCCUUGGUAAUCACUGCUCUUCUACUUUUGGUUUUAACGGUUGGCUUGUUCUUAUGGUAUUAUUGCCCCCCCCGUGUAAAUCAAAACGGAACAGUUUAGUUCUGUCUGCUUUUGAACUGUUUGUAAAGAAUCAUUCUACAUAGUUUUCUGUCUUUCAUUUGCCAUGAUUCUUCCGUGUUCGUCGUGGCCAUGUUUUCUUUACCAUCGCUAUAAUAGUUUACUUUUGUAUUAAUAUACCAGUUUAUGUGUUGUAUUGACUGAAUGACAAAGAUGUAUUUAGUUCAGAAUAAUUACAGUUCCGUAAUAAAUAUAUUUUGUUUCUCUUGAAUUGCAAAUAAGAUGUGUAGGAUCAAAAUUGCUUGAUUGUAGAUAUUUUUAGUAUUUUAAUUUUGAAAUGAAAUAGCAUCAGGUUCUCCUUCCCUACUUUUUUUCCUCCUUCUAAUAACCCUUCCCAUGCACUGUCCCCUUAUACUAGGCAUUAGAUAAUAUUCAUUUUCUCCACAUUGUGCUCAGUUUGGAUGGUUUUUGUCUUGUUUUGUUUUUGUACUUUGGCAGUGUGGUACACAUGCAAUUGUGUUUUGUUAACUAUUUCCUCUAUUAUGGGGGCAGACACCACCUAUUCACAAGUUCAUUGGCCAUUUAAGCUUUCUUUUUUGAAAAGUGUCUUGUCAGAUCUGUUACACGUUUUCCCUUUGUUUUGGCAGUUCUUUUCCUCAUUUGAUACAUAGAAGAUAUUUAUAAAUCAUGUUCUUUAUUGUCUGUAGAGUUGUACAUGUCUUAUGGUAUGUAGCUAAAGGGUAGGCACUAGCAGGACCAGUCUUUGUUUUAUAAUUAAAACCUUAUUCCCAGCCUGAGGUAUCUUCUCUGUUGCCUUCUAGGACACUUCAGUUUUGCCUUUCAGGCUUAAAUAGUAAUUCAGGAGUUAAUUCUGGAAAUUUGGUUAAUACUAUGACAGUAGUAUUUUGGUAACGUCUAUUUUUUUUCUCCUAGUAGUAGAAAAUGUACAAGUCUCUUUUUCUUUCUGAACCUCUUGCCUUUUUUCUUCUAGACUAAUGUCUCCAUCACUUUAGCUGGUACAUUUUUUUAUGUUUAACAAAAUUCAUUCUUUAAACUUUAUUUUUUCUAUUAAAAUGUCAUGGUUUUUCUUAACUCUUCUAUUUUCCAUUCUCAGAUAUCUUUAUAAAUUUGCAAACUGUUCACUCUGGCAGUUUUCCCUUUUCUUGCCCCCAAAUUUUAAUCUUAUUUGUGUGGUAUGUGUUUCUAUGCAUGCGAACACCUUUAUGUGUUUAUGUGUACCGUGUGUAUGUGUGUGCUAGAGACUAGAGGAGGGCAUCAGACCCUUUAGAUCUGGAGUUAAAGGCAUUUGUGAGUUACCCCCAAUGGAUGCUGUGAACCAGACCCUGCUCCUCUGCAAGAGAAAGUACUGUUAACCACCUCUGCAGCCCAAAAAGCAUAGUCUGUCUUAAUUUCAGUCUGUUGUCUUCUGUUUCUUCUUCUCUUUCUCUGUACCCAGUUUCCUUUUAAGUACUUGCAAUAUUUUACUUGAAAACAUACAGAAAUUAUUUAAUAGGAUAUUUUCAUUCUCUCCCCCCCCCGCCCCUUUUUUUUGCUUCUACAAAAUAUCUAGGCACUAGUAACUUAAAGUCACUUUGGAACUUCAGGCACUCUGAUUUCCUGGCCCUUCUAGAGCAAUUCAAGGUAGAACCUCAGACUUUCUGUUAUUAUUGUUGUCGUCUAUCCUUACCCUUAAAGUUCAUUCCUUUAUAAUUCCAAAUGUGGCUUGAAGAUACCAGAGUCCCCACCUCUUGACUAUCCUAAACUUAGAUCAUUUUUUUUUUUACCCAAGAUCUAGCUAAACUAAACUCAAAAGGUUAUUAUAAAAAACCAUAUGCUUAGAAAGUCUGAUGGUUUAAAAACUCAUGUUAAAAGUCUAACGAGCCAGGAACCUUGGAAUGUAGCAAUGCAGCCCUGAUCCACAUUUGUCUCACAUCUUAUUGGUGUUCUAUGGGUCCCUAGAGAACACACAUAUUUGAAACCCAGUCCCAAUUUUCUAUUCUAUUGUCAUUUUUUAGGUGAGACUUUGUAAAGUGAUUAGAGGAGAUCAUAACACUUGGAAACAGCAGUCUCAAAGGUUGAAGUGACUUGAUUUAAAAUGAUUUUUCUGACUCACACUGGAGGUCCUGGCCAGGUUGAGAUGUAGGAAAAGGUCCUCUGCAAUUUUCAAUACUGUACAUUUGGUCUGUACAAUUUAUUUUGUACAUGGCCCAGACCCAUGAACAAAAUAAAUUUGCACUCCUUUACUAUUAAAAAAAAUACUAAUGAAAAAUUAAAUAUUUUUAAUCCUUUGAAUUCAUUUGAAACUUACUUUGUGUUACAGAAUGAUAGUUGUUAAUGAAUUUGAAACUAGUAUAUUCUAUAGUCAUUAGAGCUGCACUUGUCUGUGACAAAAUUUUUCAAUACUAUUAAAUUUUCUAUAUCUUUAUGUUUUAAUAAACUAAUGUGAAUUAUCAAAAGAGUUAUAUUAAAAGUCACCUGUUUAUUUU